CUUGCUACUUGCACAAUUCGUCAGCAAAGGUUAUGCAGUGCCUGAAUAGGAUCAUGGCAGAAUCACUGGGCCUCAUCACCAUCUGCCUUUUAGGAUAUCUACUCAGUGCUGAAUGUACAGUUUUUCUUGAUCGCAAAAAUGCCACCAAAAUUCUGAAUCGGCCAAAGAGGUAUAAUUCAGGUAAACUGGAAGAGUUUGUUCAAGGUAACCUUGAGAGAGAAUGUAUGGAAGAAAAGUGUAGUUUUGAAGAAGCCCGAGAAGUUUUUGAAAACACUGAAAAAACCACUGAAUUUUGGAAGCAAUACGUUGAUGGAGAUCAAUGUGAGUCCAAUCCCUGUUUAAAUGGCGGCAUAUGCAAAGAUGAUAUUAAUUCCUAUGAAUGUUGGUGUCAAGCUGGAUUUGAAGGAAAGAACUGUGAAUUAGAUGUAACGUGCAACAUUAAGAAUGGCAGAUGCAAGCAGUUUUGUAAAUUGGGCGCUGGUAACAAGGUGGUUUGCUCCUGUACCACGGGGUACCAACUUGCGGGAGACCAAAGGUCCUGUGAACCAGCAGUGCCAUUUCCAUGUGGAAGAGUCUCUGUCCCGCACGUUUCUACGACACGCACCCGUGCUGAAACUUUUUUUUCCAAUAUGGACUAUGAAAAUUCCACUGAAGUGGAAAAAAAUUUCGAGAACCUCACCCAACCUCUCAACGACCUUACUCGAAUUGUUGGUGGAAAAGAUGCCAAACCAGGUCAAUUCCCUUGGCAGGUCCUUUUGAAUGGGAAAGUUGAUGCAUUCUGUGGAGGUUCCAUCAUCAAUGAAAAAUGGGUGGUAACUGCAGCCCACUGCAUUGAGCCUGAUGAUAAAAUUACCGUGGUUGCAGGUGAAUAUAACACCGAGGUGAGGGAACCUACGGAGCAAAAGCGAAAUGUGAUUCGCACUAUUCUUCACCACAGCUACAACGCAACUAUUAACAAGUACAACCAUGACAUUGCCCUUUUGGAACUGGAUGAACCCUUAACGCUAAAUAGCUAUGUAACACCUAUUUGCGUUGCUGACAGGGAAUACACGAACAUCUUCCUCAAAUUUGGAUCCGGCUACGUGAGUGGCUGGGGGAGAGUCUUCAACAGAGGGAGAUCAGCUUCAAUUCUUCAGUACCUUAAAGUUCCACUUGUUGACCGAGCCACAUGCCUUCGCUCCACAAAGUUCACCAUCUAUAAUAACAUGUUCUGUGCUGGCUUCCACGAGGGAGGUAAAGAUUCAUGUCAGGGAGAUAGUGGGGGACCCCAUAUUACCGAAGUGGAAGGCAUCAGUUUCUUAACUGGAAUCAUUAGCUGGGGUGAAGAGUGUGCAAUGAAAGGAAAAUACGGAAUAUAUACCAAGGUGUCCCGGUAUGUCAACUGGAUCAAAGAAAAGACAAAGCUCAACUAAAGAAAAAACAAUGUAUUUCCAAGGUUGACAUAUUUGGGGUUGAAGAUGGACAAGGGCCUUUACUGACUAAUCACUUUCCUAUCUCUUUAGAUUUGACUGUCUGCAUUCUAUGAAUACUGCUUUUUCUCUUUAUGGGGAGAAAUCUAUCUAGAAUUCCUAUUUUACUAGAGUAAGCGGAUUAGCAAAUGUAAUCACUAGAGAAAUGUACUGUGAUAGGAAAUUGUGACCAUUCCCACAGGUCCAGCCCUUGACAAAACUGUGAAGUUAAGUUCUUCAUCCUGCCCAUCGGGCAUUAAGUUUCUCCACUGGGGCAACUCUCUGAUUCUCCCUCCUUAGCAGCAUUCCAUGUUCCAGAUCUUUCUUACCUCUCCCACCAAAAUCAUCAAAACGUAUUAGAUCUGUAUCCGGGAUAUUUGGUCUAGUUCACAACAAGGCCAGCACCACACUCAUAAAGGAUGAACACAGGGGGAGCCGACAGGUGGAAACUCACCAGAAAACACUACUUCCUUUUCUGUACCCUUAUUCCUGCUUCCUCGAUCUCUUCCGUUUCCUAAUCCCGAAAUCAGUUUCUCUCUCCCUCCCUCUCUCUUUCUCUCUCCUCUUUUCCCUACACGGGAUUAAAGGAGGGAAGGGGCACAUCAUGCUGUUUUCCUGCUGUCCACAGUUAUACAUGUCUGUCAAACCCAGACUUGCUUUCAGUUUGGUCUUUGACUUGCUUUUCAGAGCAUAGGGAUGAAGUAAGGUGCCCGAAGAACUUGGGAGGAAAAGUUCCUCUGAGAGAGUCAUGUUAUUAAAAUACAUACAUCACGGAAGGACUGACCCAUCAGAAUAGUUCCCUAAGAGCUUGUCAUUGCGCUCUGAUGGAGGUAACUAAGAAGGGUGACGUCACCUCACGUGUCUCGUCCCCCAUCUCAAAAAAUGUUAACAGAAAGAGAACAGUCAGUUUGCAAUCUAGAACUAGUAGACUCUUCAAGGAAGAAUUCCUCAGUGUGUCUCCACUACCACCCGGGGCUAAGGAAGAAGUUGCCCUAGACCAGAGAACAUGAGCAUCAUGUCUCCUGAACUAGCAUAUCUCCACCAUGGAGAAGGGUGCGCUGGUGGCUCACUCCCCCUUUUCUGGUUUCAUGCUCUCCAGGCAACUGUUUCAUUAUAAUUAGGCCUUCCAUAUGGAAUCUUCUACAGGGUUGCUGACCAACCUACACAUGUACUUUGAUGUGUUAGAAUGGCUCCCUUUGUGAAUUAAUAAACUGGUGUUCUGGUUCAUA